GUAUAUAUAAAUAAAUUAAUUUUAAGAGAGGUUUGUACCAAGAUUGAAUUAUAUGCUAAUUAUAUUAAUAUAUCUUUUAUAUAUCUCAUAUAUACAUUUAUAUAACUAUACUUCUUCAUACAAUAUUUUGAAAAUUUGACGUUAAAAUUUUUAUAUUUUUAACAUGGACUUGUGCAUGUCGACACAUGAGCAUGUGGUUUUUGCAUUCCGAGGAAAAAAUUAGCUUUAGAUUCUAGUAGGCUGCAUUUGAAAAUGCGCAAUAGGUAAUAUAGAGCAAUAAAGAUAGUAGGGGCAAUAGAAAUCACAGAUUGAUAAGAUAAGAAUUAAAGCAUCAAUGAACACAUGGGUAUAAAUAGACGCGCUAAAUAGGCAUAUCUUUAUUAUUCUACUAGAUAAUUACGUAUAUCAUUGAUUGUUCGUAUCAAUGUGACAGAGAAUAGAAUUAUAAAGAACGGCAUUAUUGUCAUUUUGAUAUUCGAUCAUAUCUCCAUCGUUACUCACGUCGUAUCACAGGUUAUCACUGUCAUCAUCGAUCAUGACCGUGCGUCGUACGGUUACGCUCACACGCCGAUAAAAUUUAAUCGCGUCGAUCUCGCAAAUGGCUCGAGUUAGUCGCGUACGUUGAUUAAUUCAACUUGACUCAGUAAUUCCAAGUAUUUACGCUUAUUGCAGUUUGCACGUAGUACAUAACGAGGUAUGCGUGGCUUUCCGGAGAAAGUGGGUCUCGCAAUCAGUGAAAGAGACCCGUUCGAUAUACACGAGCGACGCAUCAUUAAGCGUCUCGAUCGAUUUAGCCUCCCGAGAGGAACGGCAAGAAACAAAAUAAAAAAAAAAAUAAAAAAAAAAUAAAAAGAAAAAGAAAAUCGAACAGAGCGCGUCUCCGGGAGCUGGCAUACAGCGAUCGAGGUAAAUGCACUUGGGUUUGUUUACGGCGCAGUUUGCGCGCGGACGCGACAAGAAAGGCAAGGAAGCGGACGAGAGUGAACGACCGUGCCGAAAAGUCGACUCCCUCCUUCGUCGCAUGACAUAUGCGUCUUUACAGUUAAUGCUAACAAACCAUCAGAGUCUUCUAAACGCUAUACAUGACACACCUUUUGGCAUUCGAGUAAAAAUUUUCAUAUUUGAGUCAUUUAAAUUUCCAAUGCGGAGUAUACACGGCUCUUGUCUCGCGAAGAUACGACGCCAUAGCUGACACGCGAGGAGAUCCCCAUGCUGACCCCCGUACUCUUCGUCACGUCUCGACACUUCGCGUGUCGUGUUAAUUGGCAAAGAUUCCCAGCAAAUCGGCAGAAUUCGGCACGACAACACAAUAUAGUCCACGUGCGUCAUUGCGGAACCAGCGGCGCGCGAUCUAUCACUAACCACAGAUAGAGGAUCGAGGUUGUGUUGCGUGGCGCGAUGCGUGUAUAUGCGCCCGGUACUGUUUCACGCGGGGACCACCUCGCCGACAAACGCGAACAAACAAACCGAGCAGGCGGAAGGAGGCAGAGGAAAAGGAGAAACGAGCGAUACGGUCGUCGCACGGCCACCCACAUACGGUCGCCCGGGACAUAAAUUGCGAGUCAAUUAUGCACCGGGUGCGUCCGUAACGACGGGGUGCGCGAGGACGUCCUUUAAUUUAAGCGCGUCUCAAUCUUCUCGAUGAAGAAAACUCGCUUUCGCGACGGAAUAUUUUUUAAAAUUCUUCAAAAAGCCGCCACGGGCAACACGCAAAUGCGCGUUGAGAUUAAUCGUCAAUUUAAGCACCUAGUUAAAAACUUGUGUUCCCUUUUUUUUUUCAUGCCGCGUUUAUAUUAUCAUAAAUGAUUAAGAAAUGAGUUCCGCGUAAUCGUUUCAUAGAAUGAAAUGAACGCAAAAAUAUUUUUCUUCGACGGACGCGCACCGCUCGUACACAAUUGCGACGGUGUUUGUCAUUAUCUUCGCCGACGCGAUUACAACUUUUCACGUCCUCACGUUACACUUCAAGGCCACCGUACCCGUCACGUAAGCGACAACAAAGGAACGGUGAACGAGAAAUCGUGAGGUACGGUGUCGAAGGUACCCGCCGCCGUCGUUUUGCAGAGGCAAUUUCGUCUGGCCUAAUCGGCGCCGCACCGAUUACGUCCGCGUUCGCUUUCGCCGUUAUACAAGGUGUUGAAAAAACUGUCAGUUCGAACGGACAGAAUCGAUAGAAGAUCCGUUGAAAUGAGCGAGCGGAUCUUAACUAUCGAUACGCUAGAUUUUAUUCGAAACACAGAAGUUAAUUUAAUAUUAAAAUUUCCGAAAUCACACAUGUAGAAAAUAAUAUCCAGCUGAAUAACAAUCGUAACAAUGACGUAAUAAAAUCCUGUCGAAGAAAAAAGAAAGUUGUUGCAUUUUAUGUAAAAUGAAAAAAAAAAUAUCUCUGAUAAAAUCAUCUCAGUUUUCGACGAGAGAAAUAUCGUCCCGUUGAAAUGCGAUUGCUUCCAAACACCUUGUAUAAGACCGGCACGCAGCCAAUAUUGGUGCCGAGAGGGUUUCAUGCGCAGAAAGCAGUCUCCCUCGGAGAUCCCGAUGGAACUCAUCUCAUUAGGUUUUACGGCUCUUUACUUUCGCGGCGGCCGAACGCUUUUUACUACCCGGCCGUCUAGCGGCAUUAAUCAUAAAUCCAUCUCCCGGGAUCCUUCGUCUCGUCUCGUUUCAUUCCGUUUCGUUUCGUCGUCUCCUGAAGCAGUCUCUCCCUUUCACUUUGCCCUUCGUUCUCGUCCGUCACAUCCCUCUCGAGCUCGUCAUUUAUGAAAUGCGAAAUUUACAGAACGCGCGCGAUAACGCGACAACACGAGACGAGCGAGUCAGCUGAGAGACGACAGAUACAAUCGUUUGCAAAAAUUAUUUCGGUUCUUUAAUUUUUUUUGUUUUGGUCGCUCGUGUUUCGAGGUAAAUAGAUGAAUUUACAUACACGUACGCAAGCGAACGAAUUCGCAAGAAACAGUGAACGAUGAUCGAAAGCAAAUUAGUUUGUUUCAGAUCAUUGUGAAAUUUUCAAAAUAUUUGAGUCAGCAUUUAAGACUUCUUAUUAAUAGAACGGUAAAUUACAAUUGAGAAGAAGUUAUGUAUAAAAUACUGAAGCUUUUUGAUUCGAUUAAAACGCGCGGCGUGAUGGUACCCACGAUAUCGCGGAGAUGCAGAGCGAAAGCUCAUGGGGAGGAAGUGGUAUUAUUAGAAAUAUCGAUAUCAGAUACCUCGGGAGAGAAAGAGAUGGUGAACGUGGUGCUCUCGCUGGUAAGCACCACAUGUCUGCGGUUUGCGGCUAUCAAACGAUACGGGAGGAAGAUCAUCGAUCAUCGUUGUACCCGUCGUGCAACAAGUAAAGGCACCGAGGAUCACGAGGUUCGCGAACUUCUUUCUACGAGCGAGGGUUCAGCGAAAAUUUGGAACACCUGGCGUUUCCAGUUGAACGAUCGUUUUUUGUUUUUUACGACUGCCACCGCGGCCGAUUAUCGCGAAACCGGGAUAGACUUAACAGCGCGAUAAUUUUUAUUGCGCGAUAAUAAAACGUACUUUCGCGGGAAAUGAUUGAACGUGUCAAGCUUCGCUCCCCAGUCUUACGAAAUCACGAGUCUUGAGGACUUCCGAUAUCAUGUUACGACUCGUAAUCGGUACGAAUUUGAAACAUACGCGAUCGCGUGAGUCACCGAUAUUUCUGUUUUGUUGAGCUAAACUUCUCUAACUUCAUCCCGUGUAUCUUUGGCACGAUUAGGUAAAUCGAUUCACGGUACGGUCUGCUCUCUGUAGUAUUUCAAGAAUAGCAACGAGCAUUUUUGACGUCACAUGAGUUCAUUCUAUUCAUUAAAAUAUGAAUAGAGUCGCCACGGCAUUUGGAAUUCAAAGGUACCUGGCGGCAAACAAUUACCGAGUCCAUUUUUUAACGUCACGCGUGUGCGCAUGGUGUGAAACUCAAACAGACGUGUGCCGGUUUGUUCGUGUGUAUAUCUUCGCAGUUUCGUUCUCCGAUUCAUGCGACUCUGAUGUAACCAUGGAUCUGUUAUUUUAGUGCAGCGCAGCUUUUCAAUUUUUUAAUACGUUUCGUCGACGACGUUGCGAUAUAAAUUCUGGGAUGAUCUCAAUUCCGUGCAUCAAUUCCUCUUUUAGAGAGGAAAAGACUGACUUAACAUCUUCUAAUUUUAGUGGUCUUUUCUUUUUGGCCCUUGAUUUUUUCAAUUGUCGCGGACUCUCAUAAAUCGGACUCUCAUAAAUUUAUAGAGUUAUCUUGUGUACUCUGAUUCCGCUUUUUUUUCGCGCGCUUUGUCUUCGAUGCCGUUAUAACGACAUUGUUUUUUUUCUGAGAAUUGUCAAUAACGAGUAAAUCUUCGGGCUAACAUAAUCACGAGCCAAAAUUAAAUGCGUAGUAAACGCGUCACAGUCCGCGAUAUCUCGAUCGUUGCGUCAGUCGGAGCGUGUUCGUCAGAAUGUGUAUCGUGAACGGCCUUCGGCUUCGAUGUUAUUUCGUCGAUACUUCCUUCGAGGAGCGUCGGUUGAGUGAACGGCCGUGAGCGCGCAUACAGCGAAAGACUGGAAAAUUUUUCGAGCGUAUGCAACGAAUCUCGUUUCGUCCCUUCGAUCCCACGAUUCGGAUUUCAAAUCCAUUCGGGUGUCGGAUACGUCCGCGCAACUCGGUCGGAGAAUUCCUCGAAAGCCGAGAUCCCGGCCUUUGAUUCUCGCCAAUAAAAACGCGAAGACACCCGCGAGAAUGCCCGUGAGCGUGCCGGCGCCCUUCGCGAAACGACGCGGAUGACAAAAACUUGUAAUAUCGCGUCGCACUUGGCACGGUGAGGAACGUCCUCGUUCCGCGAACUCGGCCGUUUUGGUGUUUACCGAACCGGGCGCGGGGGUCGCGACCGUGUGAGAACACUGUGCGCGUGAAUUCUCCGUGUGCGUGAGACGCGAAAGUCGUCGACGAGGCGACGUUUUGCCCAGCGGGGGAGUGCCAACGUCGGCGCGCAACAUGGAUUACCAGCGGCUCCUGUCCAACAACAACAACAAUUAUCCCACGCAUCACCAUUGGUUCCCGAAGAUGUGCUCCUGCAUCGACGGCAGCUCGACGCUGCCGAGUAAUCGAGUUGCGAGCUACGAGCGGCUUGGUUCCGAUCUCACGAUCUUCGAACUCAACAGCACGACGCGAAGGAGUCGAAGAAGUGAUCAGGAUUUGCUCGACAGCGAAAGACCAGAAGAAUUGCGGUUUUACAACAACGAUCACUCUUUUACGACUGUGGUCGUGGAGAAGAAUCUGCGAACGAUCGACCUGUGCGAGUUGCUUAAAGUCAAGAGGAACACAAUCGGCUCAGCCUGGUCGAUAAUCGAGACGUGGCCGAAACUGGGAAUCGAACGCACAUUAGAAGACCACGAAGAUAUUCUUGCUGUUCACAGGGAAUUGGAAUUGUUUGCUUCCCGAUACGAGAGGAGGUUCUAUUUCAGUCAGGACUUCCUGAAAUACGAAGUGUUCAUCAAGCCUGCGCAAUUUUUUCCCGCGGACAUGAUCGCGUUUCCUAACGGGGAGGAGAGGGGCACAUUCACCGAGGCCGAGAGCGCGCUAAGGAAUUACCUGUUACGGGAGGACAGUGAUUGCCCGCACGUAUUCAGCAUGGUGUGGAUGCGAAAUGCGAGUUCGAACGGCUGGAAGAAGAUGUACAUGCUGCUCCAAGGCUGGAAACUCUACACGACGAAGAAGGCGAUCGCGACGCUACCAAAACGGCCUCUGGACAACGAACACCUAAUCACGCUCGCGCACUUGUCAGACUACAACGUCUACAGGAUACCGAACGCCAAGCGGGUUUUCGGCGCACCCUUCGAGUGGGGCGCCUGCCUGAGGCCGAACAGCAACGCCGAGGCCGAAGACACGGAGACUGGGGAGCCCGGGAUCAAGGUCAUUAUUUUCGAGAACGAAAAAUCGCGCACCUGCUGGCUCACAGCCAUGAGACUCGCUAAGUACGGCAAACAGCUCCGAGAGAAUUACCGAGCCUUCAAGAACAAGCAGUGCGAGCAGAACGGCGGCGGCAGCCCCAAAGAGCAAUACAGCAGCUACAAUGUGUCCAACGAAUCGAUACGAUCACGCGUGGCGAUGGAUUUUACCGGUAGCGUGGGCAGGAUAGUCGAGGAUCCCAAGGAAGCCAAGGACAUAGCCGAAAACGAAGGCAUGGUCUGGCGACGGAGAUGGCGACCGUUUUCACGAACACCACCGGGCUGCGCCAUGAUGAGGCUGCACGGCCUCGACGCCGGUAUACAUGUUCUUCAGCCUUGGUUCCACGGCGGUCUCAAGAGGGAUGUCGCGGCAGCUAUUAUAAGGGAUCACGGCAGCGUCGACGGCGUGUUUCUGGUCAGAGAGAGCAAGAGCAAUCCUGGGGCCUUCGUGUUGACCUAUAAGUACAACGACAAGGUCUUUCACGCGCAAAUCCAGCCCAUCUUUGAUGAGCGUCGCAACUGCUGGCUGUAUACCCUCGACAAGGGAACGACCAAGUUCUACGAUCUGCUGCAACUGGUCGAGUUCUAUCAGUUGAACGCGGGCUCGCUGCCCACCCGGCUGACUCACUACGUGCAGAACGGGGUGAAACCGCCGCUGCACAAGCCGGAGGACGGCGGGGCGUCGCCGUCGCCGCCCGAGAGCACCAGCCAGCGGAUAAACAGCGUCGACAAGAUCGCCGAGCCGAGCGGUAAUCCGAGCAGCAUUUGAGUAUAGGACAGUCGGCGACCCGCUGGUGUUGUCGACGGCGAUCGCCUGCUUACCGUUUGCGCCAUCACCAACGGGCCCCUCGACCCUACCACCAUCACCGACAACCUCGUGAUGGUGCACCGUAGCAACAGCAACAACAAUCGUCUAGGGAACAACGGCGGCGGCAACGGGAAUCGCGGCGACGUUCGCGCGACACGAUCGGGUUGCUGGAACCUGUGUUUCUGCAGUUACAACAAAUGGGAUUUGUAGCGCGAUCAGUAGCGGGAAAAGCAGCAGGAUGAUGUUCAAGCGGACGCGAGGACGUACGGCUGUUUUGUUAGUGAGAAAGAGAAGGAAGACGGAAGGAAAGAAAUACAGAGGCAGAAGCGAAAGAGAAGAAGCGGCACGGCUUGAGCAUCAUCCCAUCGUUAAGUUAUCCUCGGAUCGCGACUCGUUCUAAUAACGCAGCAUGUGUGUGUGUGUGUAUGUGUAUGUAUGUAUGUAUGUAUGUGUGUGUGACGUCACUGGGUCGGCUGACCUGUGCAACAGAACGACCAAUUUUUGGGCGCGAGACACGCAAUAACGAGGAAAAUUACGAUUACCGCAGGAAGAGGCCGCAGGAUCGCUGUCGUAUUUAAGAAAUUAUUCUACGUUUCUAUUUUUCACGUUUGUUCUGUUGUUCCAGUACACGCGAAUAAGAGUAGCGCGGCGCCGACGUCCGCCGACAGCGAUCCUCACGCGGAAAUGAAACCUCUUCGAUGUUUUUUAAUCGUACUGUGUUAGCCGUCGCGUAAAGAUCCACCUUAUCGUCUAGACCUUUUCCCGAAUACUCCCUCUCCUCCCCCUCUUCCUUUAUUUCCCUCUCACCUAACAAUAAGAGUCUCAACGAUCAAACAAACGCGUCUAGACGAUCAAAGAGGCAUCGCGUAUUUGUUUCUUCUUUUUCUUUUCUCUUCUUUUCUUUCCAUUUUCUACAUGUUCACGUUCGUGCAAGCAUGGCGCGUACGACUAGAUUACUAACCGCGCGCGGCGACAUCGCCGUUCGCGAAGUUAUUCCGUGAGAAGAAAGGAAAAAGCGCAAUCGUGCGCGCUCGUGUAUGCGUGGUGAUGCGUGUUGUAUCAUGUCCGUACGCCUGCGAGAGAGACAGAGGUGCGAAAGAGAGAGAUAUGUAGCGAGUGGGUAGUAUAGAAGCGUGUUGCGAUAUAGUUGUACAACUGUAUCGUAGUGAGCCAGCAAUACAAGACGAAUACAAACACAAAAUUUGGCUUUUCUGUUUGGAUAUGUGUAUGACUGUACAAAUGUGUAUAUAUGAAAGAGAAAGAAAGAAAUUGUCGCGCGGUUCCCCCCCCCUUCCCCUCCUUAUCCUUCUCGUUUUCCUUUUUGGCGCGCGUCGCGCGUACCGUACGUCUCUUCUGUUUAGUCGUUUCUCCAAAGAGAAUGCGCGACAGAGUCGAUCGCUCGAUUAGCUACCACACGACUUUGUCGCCUGACGACGACGACAACGACGAGUUCAAAUGACGAGAGAGAAUCGACCAAAUUGAGAGAGAGCGAGAGAGAGAGAGAGAGAGAGAGAGAGAGAGAGAGAGAGAGAGAGAGAGAGAGAGAGAGAGAGAGAGAGAGAGUGCAUGAAGCGUCCGCGUGUUCCGUUCAUUAGCUGUAAGAUUAUGUCAGACAGAAUCACUUGGAAACGAUAAUAUCGAGAUUCACGAUUGUAUCCCGAGUCCAAGAUGUUCAAAAUUAAGUGAGACAGCAUUGUCGACGGGACAGGGGCAACGGGAAUGGGAACAUGGGCUUCUCGUAAAAAGUGUCGGAGAGUGUCUCGCAUCUUAUUUUUUCGCAAAAUUUUUAUCGCGGCUCGGAAACGCGAAUUUUCGCUGCGGGACGAAGAGCCCGCAUUACGUUAAUGAAUCUAAGAAAUACGAUACAAUUAGUGUAAGGAUCCUCGACGCGCGCCUACGUCGAGGGCCGAGGAACACGCUCGCGGAAUUCUCGUGGUAUUGUAACGCGCGCCGAAAAAUGUGAAAGCGUGUCCCUUGGCAGACAUGAUCUCAUAUUUUACAGAUGUUUCAGUUACGUGAGGCAUUUGUUGGUUAAUACAAAUUCGGAGAGAUGUGGUUCAAUUAUAAUUAUUAUAAAACUGUGCUAUAGGAACGCGUAACAUUGAAAUAAGAGAACGAAAGAGAAUGAGUGAGAGAAAGGUUUUUUUCAGAAGAAGAAAUGUGUGUACAUGUGUACGAGGAGGCGAAACAAGGAAGAAGUUUGCGAGGACGAAGUUGGUCAUGUGGUAAAAACAAAAAAAAAGAAAGAGGUAUAUUUAAAUACAAAACAGAUAUAUAUACAUAAUAUGUAUAUGCAUGUUCUAAAUUAUACAAUUUAAUUUUAUAUUCGGGAUAUAUAUUAUAUACUGUCGAUUAGAGAGAAUCGGCAGUGCGAAGUUCGUGGGUGCAGCAUCACCGGGUGCGAACGUUGUCGUGCAUUCUAGAUUUAUAAUAUGGAAGUUUUUAACGUAAUGUUUUUCGAGUAAUAAUGCGAAAGUCACAUUAAUGUGAAGGCGAAGAUUGGCGGGAGAGCUGGUGGCGUUGUGCAGGGUAUGGGACGCGAGAGAAAAUUCAUUUACGCAAUGUAUUAUGAUUCGUCGGAAGAACAAUACCAAAUCCCCUGCCCCCUAUUUGUACCUACUUUUUAAUGAUAUAUUUUUUCAUUGAUUAUAUAUAUUUAUUUAACGUCGAACGUAGCGCCUACGCGUCAUGUCUUGAAGUGGUAAUUUUUUUAAUUCGAAAGAAGUGCAGAUCUUACACACAGAUUAUACAAACAGACGACACGAGGAGACAUACAUACACGUAUACGUACACACAAAAGCACACGGACACACAAAUUGCAUUAAAUUUUAGAAUAGUAGCGCUUUAUAGAACUAAAUAUUAGGAUAACAAAUUCUUCGUGAAUGGGUAUGAAAAAAACAAUCUUCUGUAGGAAGGGUGGUCCACAAACGCGGCGUUCAUCCCCGAUCCGUUUGCAUGAAGUUCUCCACUUCUCACGAAAUUAAAGUCGAAAUCAACGAAAUUACCUCUCGGAAUACGCUUAUUGCGCGAAACAAAGAAAAAAAAAAGAAAUUAUCCUUUCGGCCUUUCGUGUAAAUAUGUCUAUUUAGGCCAAAAUCCCGCGUCCACCGCCCGAGUUUUCCUGUCCCUAUCGUCCCGUCUAUCCGCGGCCCGUCGGCUUUUCGAAAAUCAACUUUGAUAGCGGUUAAUCAAUCUUGAUUCUUCAGGUCGACACCGCGGUGUCCCACUUUUCCUCCUCUCUUUCUACCUUGUAAUCCGAAAAAAGAAUCGAACGGAAAACGAGACAGACGCCGGGUUUUCUUCGUGGCCACCAGCGUAAAAGAAGCUAUAAAUAUUAUUAUUAUUAAUUACCUACAUAAAUUAUAAUAAAAUAUAUUUUGUAUUAAUGUAGUCACGAAUUAAUACGGCAAACGCAGUGGUCUGUGAAGACUGAAUCUAAGUAAGAGAAACGCAAAUUAGUCCUGUGCGAAUUUCAUCGACGUCUGUUAAGAACAAUAAAAUGAUCAGGUAACGGAACGUU